UCUUCUUUUUGGAUUGCGAAGGGGGAAUUACGUGCUGCAAUCAAGGCUCCCCGAAUCACUUCCACGAAUCUCAUUAGUGUUAGAGGAACUAUCGAAAGGUAUAAGAAAGCAAGUGCUGCUUCCUCAAACACAGAAUCUGUAUCUGAAGCUAAUACACAGUUUUAUCAGCAAGAAUCAUCCAAAUUAAGAAGACAGAUUCGUGAUAUUCAAAAUCUAAAUAGGCACAUCCUUGGUGAAGCUCUUAGCUCUCUGAGCCUCAAGGAACUAAAGAACCUUGAGAGUAGAUUGGAGAAAGGUUUAAGCAGAGUUCGAUCUAGAAAGGUAUAGAUAUUAUAUAUAAUUAAUAACUAAUGAUCACAAUUAAUUUAGGCCAUU